AUGGCGGACGACAACACGGUGACUUUCGUCCGCCUCAUCCUGGCCAUCAUCCUCCCACCGCUCGGCGUCUUCCUCAAGCACGGCAUCAAGUUGGAGUUCUGGAUCUGCCUCAUCCUGUCCUUGUUCGCCUACCUGCCGGGGAUCAUCUACGCCGUCUGGGUGAUCAUCAAGAAGGACGGCUAG